AUGCGUGAGCCAAACAGUCUAAGGGAGUUUUACAUGCGGCAAAACAAAUUCAGAACAGUUGGUGGUCCGCUGACUGGUAUGAAACAUGUCCACCUACUUGAUUUGUCGAACAACUUUUGCGCAAAUUUAUCUUUUGAUGCGUUUCAUUUGCUUCCUAAUUUGAAGCGGUUGUUUUUGUCAGGAAAUUUGCUAGGUUAUUCAUUGGGACCUGACAAAGCUGGAAUAACAUUUCAGAACUUGAAUCUGCUCCAGGAACUUGACCUUUCGUCAAACAAAUUGCGUUACCUUCCAUCUGAUAUAUUUAAGGGUUUGACAAGUUUGGAAAUCUUGAAACUGAACAAUAACGAAAUGAAGACGUUUCUAGUUAAUGUGAAGAUGCUGACAAGCCUGAAAAUAUUACUCCUGAAUAACAACAAUUUGAGAUAUAUCCUUGAACUUCAAAUGAAACAGAUCGACAAAAUCAUACAAAGUAGAUCGCUGCUAAUAAACUUGGCGAAUAAUAAGUUCAAAUGCAAUUGUACUGACAUUGAGUUUGUACGAUGGAUUCAGCAAAGAAAUGUGAGCCUUGUGGAUGUUGAGACCUACAUAUGUACAAACACAGACGACAUUACUAAAAAUCUUACCGGUAAAAGCCUCGUGCACGAUCUAGAAAAAGAAUGUGCCAGCUACACCCUCAUCAUAGUCGUGGCAUCAAUUCUCGUUUCAGCGUUUCUGAGUAUUUUGACUGGCGGCAUCAUAUAUCGGUAUCGUUGGGAUCUGCGAUAUUUGUAUUAUUCCGCGAAGUUCCGUGUCAAAGGAUAUAGGCCGGUCGACGAUGUUGAAGAUAGGUUUAGAUAUGACGUAUUUGUUUCAUACAGUGACCAAGAAAGACAUUUUGUCGUUGUUGAUCUGGUGCAUGAGUUAGAGGAAUCACGGUCUUUGAAAUUAUGCAUCCACGAGCGAGAUUUCUUUCUCGGUGGCGUGGUGACUGAAAAUAUCGUCUAUGCCAUCAACAACUCUAGAAAAACUCUGGUUCUUCUUUCAAGUGGGUUCAUGGAAAGCCACUGGUGCAUAUACGAGUUGAACAUGGCCAGGAUGGAGGCGAUCAAGACUGGAAGAGAUGUUAUGUGUAUCGUGAAGAUGGAAGAAAUCAUCAAUGACAACCUGUCAUUGGAAGUGAUUGACGUCAUUAGAAAUCAUACCUACAUCCAACUUCCGGAGGAGAGAGAACACAUGGACAUGUUUUGGGACAGGCUUCAUACAGCAAUUACUGAAUGA